AUGACUGUCCCCUGUGGUCACAGCUUCUGCAUGACCUGCAUUAAAUCCCACUGGGACAAAGAGGAUGUGAAGAGAGUCUACAGCUGCCCUCAGUGUUGGCAGACCUUCACCGAGAGGCCUGUCCUUGUGAAGAGCACCAUGAUGGCAGAUUUGGUGGAGGAACUGAAGAAGACUGCUGGUGCUGAUCACUGCUAUGCUGGACCUGAAGAUGUGGCCUGUGAUGUCUGCACUGGGAGGAAACGCAAAGCUUGCAAGUCCUGUAUGCAGUGUCUGGUCUCCUUCUGUGAGGCAGACAUCAAGCCUCAUUAUGAUUCACCUGCAUUUAAGGAACACACGCUGGUGGAGCCCUCUAGGAGUCUCCAGGAGAGUGUCUGCUCCGUACAUGAUGAGGUGAUUGAGAUGUUCUGCUGCACUGAUCAGCAGUCUAUCUGUUACCUCUGUUCUGUGAGCGAGCAUAAGGACCAUGAAACGGUACCUAUAGCAGAAAGGACUGAGGGGCAGAGAGAGCUUGAGGUGACUCGACUAAACAUCCAGCAGAGGAUCCAGGACACAGAGAGAGAGGUGAAGCUGCUUCAACAGGAGGUGGAGGCGAUCAAUGGCUCAGCUGAUAAAGCAGUGGAGCACAUUGGGAAGAAGUUCACUGAGCUGAUCUGUCUCUUGAAAAAAAGGAGCUCUGAUGCAAAGCGACAAGUUGAAAACCAGCAGAAACCUGAGGAGCAGCGCGCCAGUGAGCUUCAGAAGAAGCUGGACCAGGAGAUCACUGACUUGUAUGGGAAAAACAAGGAGCUAAAGAGGCUCUCUGAUACCAAGGAUCACACCACGUUUCUGGUCAAUUAUCCCACCUCUGUGUCAGGACUCAAGGAAGAAGACAAAGACUCAUCAAGCUUCAGAAUUGGUCCUCUGAGGUACUUGAAAGGAAUGCAUGCAGCUGUGUUAACAAUGGGAGACAAGCUGCAGGGUGUCCUGAGAGAGGAAUGGACAAAUCUGUCAAGGACAGUGACUGAAGUGGAUGUUUUACUGACACAACCAAAAAUAGAACCAGAAACCAGAGCUGAAUUCUUACAGUACUGGUGCGACAUCACACUGGAUCCUAACACUGCACACCAGAAACUGCUGUUAUCUGAUGGUGACAGGAAAGUCACAGCAACGAAGGAGAAACAGUUUGAUCUCAGUCAUCCGGACAGAUUCACUGAUGAAAUGCAGGUCCUGAGCAGAGAGGGUCUGACUGGACGGUGUUACUUUGAGGUUGAAUGUAAAAGCAGGGACAUUUGCGUGGCUGUCUCCUACAAGAACAUCAACAGGGACACCGAGAAACACUGUGAAAACACAAUUAAAUUUGGAUACAAUGAAAAUUCAUGGGCUCUAGACUGUGUACAAGAACAAUACAGAUCCUUCCACGAAUGGCGUGGCACUGCUUUCAUACGCCCUCCGUCUCCCAGAGUGGGAGUGUACCUGGAUCACGGAGCAGGUAUCCUCUCCUUCUACAGUGUCUCUGAAACGAUGACUCUCCUCCACAGAGUCAUGGCCACAUUCAGUCAGCCUCUACAUGCUGGACUAAGACUUUACCGGGCUGCUGGAGACACUGCAGAGUUCUGUAAGCUGAAAUAG